AUGGGGGACUACACCAUCUCCAUAAGCUCCAAGCUGAUCAGCCGGCUUGCCGGCGAUGAAGACAAGCAGAAGAGGAAAACAAAGAAACCGAAACCCAAGAGCCCACAAGAAGCCCAGGCUAGGGCUCCCCAGGCGUCCGACGGUCCAAGCAAGCCCAGUGCCAGCAUCGGACUGCCGCCGCCACCGCCGCUGCAACAGCAGCACCGCCAACCUCUCUUCCUCCCGAUCCCCCUCCCUCCGCCACCAGCCGCAAAUGCUGAGCUCGAAGCCAUCCGGGCCGUCGUCCAAGAGAGUGAGCAGGCUGUUGAGAGGCUGCAGAAGAAGGAGGCGGAGAUGAUUCAGGAGCUGACCGAGCGGGCAAAGGAGCUGCACGAAAAGGAGUUCAAAUUGCCCCGGCAGAAGCCCAUGCCGUGCCUUGAAGAGAAGGACGCCUGCUUGGAGUGCUACCGGGAGCACGCCAAGGACCCGCUGCGGUGUGCCCGUGCGGUUAAAUCGUUCAAUGAGUGCGCUCGCAGGGCCCAGCAGCAGAUGAACUGA